AUGGAUCAGGCUGUUGAGAUCUGUGCCCAGUCAAUGGCCACGGACACGCCUCGUCUUUUGACCAUUGAUGCUAUCCAAUGGGCUGGUUUCGACAUGACUGUCUCUGCUGCCAAAGAAACACUCGCUACUGCUAGAAUCACACCUAACGAUGUCCAAGUAGUCGAAUUGCACGAUUGUUCCUCCGCCAAUGAGUUGUUGACAUACGAUGCUCUCGGCUUGACUGUCCCAGACAAGGCUCACACGACUCGGGUAAUAACAUAUAUGGCGGUAAAUAUGUUAUCAACCCUUGGGCGGUUUGAUCUCCAACGGCCAUCCUCUUGGUGCCACUGGCUUGGCUCAGUGCACAGCUUCCGUGAACGGGCUGGCGACCGUCAAGUCCCCAACUGCAAAUAUGCUCUCCAGCAUAACGUCGGUCUCGGUGGUGCCGUCGUCGUUGGUAUCUACAAAAAGGCUAACGGCAAUGCUACCCAGCCUCAUGUCGGCUACCGUCCAGCAAUCGAGGCUCAUCUCAUUACCCAAGAGCAUUACAACAAGGCUUGCUCAAAGCCAAAGAACCGAGCCGGGUAA